AUGAUUUGGGUUGCUGUCAAAAGACUAUCAAACGAAGGAGAGUUGGAAUUUAAGAAUGAAGUCCUGUUAGUGGCCAAGCUUCAACACCGAAAUUUGGUUAGGCUCCUUGGAUUCUGCUUGGAAGGACAUGAAAGGCUUCUCGUUUAUGAGUUUGUGCCCAACACAAGCCUUGAUCAUUUCUUAUUCGAUCGAGUCAAGCGAGCGCAGUUGGAUUGGGAGCGUCGAUACAAAAUCAUCGGAGGCGUCGCUCGUGGCCUCCUUUACCUUCACGAAGAUUCUCGACUGAGGAUAAUUCACCGGGAUCUUAAAGCGAGCAAUGUUCUGUUAGAUGCAGAGAUGAUUCCGAAGAUUGCAGAUUUCGGAAUGGCAAGGCUGUUUGUACGGGACGAAACGCAAGGCAACACCAGCAGAGUUGUGGGAACCUAUGGAUACAUGGCACCCGAAUACGCCAUGCGCGGCCAAUUCUCGGUAAAAUCAGACGUUUUCAGUUUUGGUGUGAUAGUUCUGGAAAUCGUAAGUGGUCAGAAAAACAAUUGUUUCCGAAAUGGUGAAACCGUGGAGGACCUAAUAAGCUCUGCAUGGAAACAUUGGAGACAAGGGACGGCAAUGGAUCUACUCGAUCCGACACUGAGAGACGGUUCGAGGAAUGAAAUGAUGAGGUGAAUUCACAUCGGAUUGCUAUGUGUUCAAGAAAACGUAGCCGAUAGACCAACCAUGGCUACAGUCAUUCUGAUGCUUAAUAGUUUUCCAGUCACCUCCCAAUGCCUUCCCAACCAGCUUUUUCAUGCACUCCGACAUCGGAUCGGACAUGUCAUCUUCGAUGGUGUCCGAAUCGUACCAAUCUAAAAGUGAAGAGCUGCCAUUGUCCAAGAAUGAAGCUUCCAUUACUGAUCUGUAUCCUCGAUAGUGUUUGCAGAAUUAACUUCCAUCUUCGUGGUCAAACCUUAAUUGUGAGAAAUUUAGAAUAAUGUUUUCUUUUAUCCACCUUUUUCAACUUUCUACGCA